GGUAAACAGUAAUAGAACAGUAAACACUGAUAAGUUUUACGCUUUAAGUUAUAUUAUGUAGUACUGCCUUUAAAAAAACACUGACUGAUGUCGCAUGUCUCUAUUUAUAUUGUUUUGAUCGCUGAUUCAAACUGAGAUACAGCAAAGAAUAUGCGUCACUUCACUUUCAGUUAGCUAUCACUGACGUUUGCAGCGGGACUCUUACUAGAUAUCAUUAUCACUUCCUGUUCAAUAUACUGUUUGACCGAGCUAGUCACGAGGUCACGAGAAAGGGGGCCCUAGUAACGAUCAAUCAGCACUACAUCAGGAUACUCAAAACAGAUACAAAGCUAUAUACCUUCAUCAUCAUGUCAGAACGAAAGAAAAGCGCAGAGGUGGAUAUCAAGACCAUGCGCUUGUACACUGCCACGGACAGAGUGCUCAACGACCUCCGCCAAGAAACCGGCUGGUCGGAACACGCCUCAAAGCCACUGUCUGUGGAUGUGCUAAACAGAUACGAUCAGUACCACUACCACGGCACACAAGCAGUGGAGGAGGCAGCUCAGUUGAUUGAUUUGACAUGUGCAGAUAUAGUGUUAGAUGCGGGUGCGGGUGUAGGGGGCACGAGUAGGUAUCUGGCAGCCAAAUAUGGGUGCAAGGUUUUGGCGGUCGAAUUCCAGCCGGAUGUGAAUGAAACGUCGGCAAGGCUGACUCGUGCCUGCGAGAUGGGCGCGAAGGUCACGCAUCUGUGUGGAGACUUUGUGGAGAUGUUCGGUACCCCUCAAGGUGACUAUACGUCUGCUCAGGAGAAGGUAUUGAAGGAGAACGGCUUCCAGGUUGGCAGUUUCACGGUAAUAUUUACGUUCCUGGUGGUGCUGCAUAUAGUGGAUAAAGCGGCAACGUUCCAGUCGUUUUAUAAUGCGCUGCAGAGUGGGUCGGGUAGGCUAGUGAUCGAAGACUUCUAUCAGAUCAGGGCCCUCAGCGAAGUAGAGACAGAAACCUUGGCUGAUGAGGUUUACUGCGAGAAACUAACCAGCAUAGCACAAUACACACAAGACUUACAGAGCGCCGGCUUUAUUGACGUCCAAGUAACUGAUUUAACCGCAUCUUGGACCGAAUUCACCUCAUCAAGAUGCCACAUGUUUGAGGAGAAGAUGGAGAGGCACAGGCGUGUGUACGGCCCACAUGUUGCUGAUGGUCUGCUACGCUUCUACAAGGCUGUGUCCACGCUGUUUUCAGAGGGUGCACUGGGAGGUUUGCGAGUUACAGCGCGCAAGCCGUGAAUGGCUCAAGUUAUACUUGGGUGUUCUAAUUCAAUGUCAGCUCUGCAAACUCAGGGAAGUCCACGGGUGUAGCAGUCGGGUUGUACACAUCAUGUGAACAGUUGUACCUACAAGAUUCAGUCAGUUUCACACAUCCAGGCCUGUCAUAUUUUAGAUAAUUAGUAUACUGUAUAGUUGAUGCGGAGGAAAGGUCAGACCAUUUCACACGGCCACGUUCCCAUCUUAAAGCAUGCGUCACUACUCGCGAUCGUAGGAACUAUCGCGGAAGGUCUAUGUAGCGAUUCUGGCAAUUACAUCGCGGGUAGAUGACGCUGAAGGCUAUCUCAUCCAUACGUGAAGGUGGCAACCACAAUAAAGCCGAAGCAUAUUGUCGUGCGCGUACCGAUGUUAUGUGUAUGUGAACGCUUGAAAGCAGUAUGGUAAUUUCAGUUGUUUUCUGUUGUCUUGCGAAUCGGCGCGCGUGUCUCAGAAAC